UUCCCUGCAUUGUACCAGCAAGGCCCCAAGAACCUGUUCUUCGACUGGUACAGAAUCCUCAGAUGGAUGGGUAGUAAUGGAGUAUAUGCAUCCAUAGUCAUCUUCGCCCUCAACCUUGGCAUCUUCCAUGUCCAAUCUCUCUGUUCCAAUGGCCAAACAGCAGACAUGAAUGCAAUGGGAACCGCAAUUUUCACUUGCAUCGUCUGGGCAGUGAAUGCACAGAUCGCUUUAACCAUGAGCCACUUCACAUGGAUCCAACACGCCUUGAUCUGGGAAAGUAUCUUCACCUGGUACAUCUUCCUUGCCCUCUUUGGCAUGUUACCUCCAAAAAUAUCAGGCAACAUCUUACACAUGCUCCUCGAAGCUCUAGCACCUGCGCCAAUCUUCUGGCUCACCACACUGCUGGUCAUAGCCACCACAACACUUCCUUACUUAGCUCACAUCUCCUUCCAGAGAUCGUUGAACCCUCUGGACCACCACAUCAUCCAAGAGAUCAAGCAUUUCAAAAUCGACGUCCAGGACGAGCGUAUGUGGACAAGAGAGAGAUCCAAAGCUAGACAAAAGACCAAGAUUGGAUUCAUAGCUCGUGUAGAUGCCAAGAUCCGCCAGCUGAGAGGGAGACUCCAGAAGAAACACUUAAUUCUGAGUGUUGUGAGAGGUAUGAGUGGUAUGAGCGCCUCAGCAUCAAGUGAGACGACAACGACCACCACACAUCAUAGUUGAUCCAAUUGAUGUUAC